GCGUCGCCUUGCGACACGACACUCGCCGUCAAACGCGUCUCGUCCGCCGUGGCCACAGCAACGCAUCGCAUUCCCGCUCUUGUGCCUCUGUGCUAAUCAGAUACACACACACACACACACACACAUACACGCACCGAUUGGCGCUAUAUAUUUAAAAAUCAGUCGCGCGAGGGUGUCAUAUAUACGAGUAUACCCACACCGAUCUUUUAUGUGCAUCUAGAGGGGACAGGAAAAGAGCUCCACAUCUCCCACAUACAUCUGUAUAUUUUUUGCCUAAUAUUCUUAUUUUACUGUGACAAACCAAACGCGGAACAGUGCUUUAAAAAUAGUUCCGUUCCCAAUCGAUCCACUAAAUAAAAACCCCAAUAUCAAAAUGGUCGAGACCGUGGUCAAUGUGGAGCGCACGACAACAACUACAACAAAUGGCCCACCCGGCGGACCAUCAUCCGGCGAUGGGGGCUUCUGGAGCGCCAUACGGCUCAAUAUUGACUAUUUCCGCACCCUGCCGGGCAUCAUCAAGAUUGUGGAAUUCGUGCUGGGCAUUAUUUGCAUGGCCCUGGCCGCCCCGCCACUAAACUCGGCCACCUCGUUCUUUAUGUUCGUGAUCGUCAUCUCGUUCAUCAUCACGAUCCUGCUGAUCGCCGCCUACUUCCUGGGCAUACGCGAGGCCCUCAAUGUGGCCGUCAACUGGAUAUUCUCGGAGCUGAUCACCACCGCUGUGCUGACGCUGCUGUACUUCAUUGGCUUCAUUGUUCAGCUGGCCAGAUGGUCGGAGUCCGCGGACAAGGGCAGCGGCUCCAACACGGCCGCCGGCGUCUUUGGGCUGUUCAACUUCUUGGCCUAUGCGGCGGGCACGUACUUCCUGUUCCUCGCCCACAGAUCGGGAGCUACCCAUUAGUCUGGACGGAUCUGGAGCUGGAGCUGGAACUGAAACUGGAACUGGGAGCAGCCGCAGGAAGGAAGGGAAGGAUGGGCCGCAUGGAUCUAGCUCUAGAUCUGGAGAGCUCUGGAUCUAGAUCUAGCGUAGAAUAAUUAUUAAUUGUUAACAGAAUAAGUGCAGUUUCUUCAAUCCAAACUUUGCUCUCCAUCUCUGUUUGUUUUUUGUGAAUGUAUUCUUGUUUUUUUUUACGUUGUUGUUAAUUUACUCGUACAUACAUGUAUGUGAGGAGGACAGACAGGGCGGCCGCAUUCAAAUCGAAUGGCAUCCAUGGGUAGGGGAUCGGGAUGAGCCCCUAGCACCCGCCCCAUUUGUUUGUGGUGUUAUUUUAAUGAUUAUCUUUAACGCUGAUGCUAACAUUUAGUUGAAACCCAAGCAAACACACACACACACACAUACACACAUUUACUAAACUAUACACAAACACACACAUACACACAAGGAAACAAUAGCGCAAAGAAUUAAUAAGUUCAAUAAA